AUGAACGGCGUUAUUGAGGCGCUACACAUUUACGAUGAGCACAACCAUGCCAUCCUGUCACAUACGUACACCUCUCGCCCGCUGUCGGCGCAGCACCUCCUACCCCUCUACCUAGAACACCCCGCGCCGCGACCGAACCUGAUCUACCUGCCCAACACGAACCCGCCGACGCUCGUCUUCAGCCUCAAACACGCCAACCUCCUGUUCCUGGCGACCUCGUCGUCCGAGAUCGAGCCCCUCCUCGUCCUCGAGUUCAUCCACCGCAUCAUCGACGUCUUCGAGGAGUUCCUCGGCGCCCCCUUGCUGGCGCACAAGAUCGAGAGCAACUACGAUGUUGUCGCGCAGCUACUCAAUGAGAUGUGCGACGCCGGAACCAUCAGCACGACGGAACCGAACGCGCUAAGGGACUUGGUGGAUGUGGAGGGCUGGGUGGGCAAGCUGCUAGGUAGCAUCAAUUUGCCGGGGAAACCCGGUAACUUUGGCCCGGGUUUCGCCAACUCGAGCACGCCGUCGCUGAUCGCCCAAAAUACCCCAGCGUUACCCUGGCGCAGAGCCAACGUGCGGCAUACGUCCAACGAGAUGUACGCAGACAUCGUCGAGACCUUAACAGUCACGCUCGCGCCCUCAGGGAGACCUCUGGCUGCAUUCGCAAACGGAACGAUAGCCUUCACGUGCAAAGUGUCUGGCAUGCCCGACAUUGUCAUGACCUUGACGAGUCCAUCUGGAAAGCACAACUUGGCGGGCUUCAUGGACCUGCCUGUAUUUCACCCGUGUGUACGUUUGGCACGGUGGAAAGAGCGGCCGGGCGAGCUCAGCUUUAUACCGCCAGACGGCCGGUUCAUCUUGGCCAGCUACGAGGUCGACCUACUGCCGUUCACCAACGGUAAGAGCGGUAGCUUGAGCUCGAACAACCUCAAACUGCCAGUCAACAUCGAAAUGAAGACAGGCCUCGGCGCUCUGGGCUCCGACUUUGAGGUUCGACUGCAUGUGAACAGGGUAUUGGGAGCAAGUGGCCCCUCAGCAGCAAGCCAGUACGGACGAGGUGGCGGCGGAGCAGGACGAGGGUUCGGAGGACCCCAUCCCGGUACCCCGUCAUCACCACUCAUGGAGGAUCUUGUGGUUACGGUACCGCUACCGGCCGAGGUUAGGAACCUGUCAGAGGUACGGCCCAGCAAAGGAGACGCUAGCUUCAAUCCCAGUGAAAGGGUUCUUGAGUGGCACAUCCCUACGAAGGAGCUAUCUUCCGGUACGUCCUACUUCGGUCUUAGGUGUACCGUAGUGGGACAGCUGGUGGACGACGACGAGGACGAACUUGAUCCGAAUGGAUUCGGGUUCGGGAAGGCAUAUGGCUACGACGAGCCGUACCAGAGCAGCCCGGUCCAAGCAAAGAAGACGACCGAGGGCGCGGACGACGAGAAGGAUGCGAAGAAGGUGGCGCAGAACAAGAUGCUGAUGCCAAGUUCAGCGUCGGUCAGCUUCUCGGUCAAGGGGUGGCUGCCGAGCGGACUCAAGGUGGAAAGCAUCAUGAUCGACCCACGCAAGAGCAAAGGCCUGGGAGAGGGUGUGAAGCCAUACAAGGGUGUCAAAUACCUAACAGUGAGCAAGGGCGGUGUAGAGACGCGGUGUUAG